AAUAACACUCUCUCUCUCUCUCUCUCUCUCUCUCUCUCUCUCUCUCUCUCUCUCUCUCCGUGCCUCAAAGACCUGUCUUUUCUGCUUCUCUUUCCCCGUAGAUGUUCAUGCCCGAACUCCCCAGAAUCGGGCACUGUGAUAGAGCGGGAAUGCUUAAACCUUGACACAGAUCUGUCGUAUAAUGCGAAUUGCCGAGCGGAGAUCGACACUUCACCGCCGAUCGAGUCAGUGAGAGAGGCGGCCUAUCUGUUCGGUGGUUUCGGUUUCGGUUUCUGGAGACCUUCUUACAAUACUAAAGUCUCAGAAGCCUUUCAGGAUAAUAUAAUGGAACUCAAGGCACAGGCUGCUGAGCUACUGAACGUGAAACGCUCCUUGAACCAAACGCUCCAUUGACAAAUGAUAUUACCAACACAUAUGAAUGAUGGCUUCUUUGUAAUAAGCUAGGUCAAAAGUGAUGGAUGAAAUUGAUAAUAAGUCAUUUCAAGUGAAAUCCAUCAUAAUCCUCAACAAUGUGGAAAUAAAUAUUUGGUCAAAAACAAUUCUAUAUGAAACAAUAUAAUUAGAAUAAUGCACUGUAAAAAAAAUAGACUGAAAACAUACUUGAUCAUUGAGACAAUUUCUCCACAAUGAAUUCUUCUUUGGAAAUUUGUU